AUGCUGAUCUUCAAGAACGCCAAGUCGAACUAUCCUAUUCAAGGCCUCCCGGAUUGCGUUAAUGGGGUCUGCUAUCGUACAUCCCCGAGUGCGUUCAUCAACAAUCGCAUCAUGGUUGAAUGGCUGCGCGAGACGCGCAGUUGGGGUCCAGCAGACCCGUUCGCCAAAGAACGCCAGUUAUGGCUCGAUAACGCACGUGGACAUGCAGCGGAUCGCUUUCCAUUUCAUCGAAUCAAGGUGCACUGGCGGAACCUAUGUGAGCGUCGCAAUAUGGAGGCUAUUAGACGGGGGGAGUGGAUGCAAGGCGCAAAGUCAAGCGGGGCACUUGCCAAUCCUGGAAAGCGUUUCUUCUUAGAAACAGCGGCAGAGUGUAUUCGCCUCGUCAAUGCUGAAAAAGACGAGAAAGGAGUGAACUGGGCAGAAACGUCGAUGGUGUUAUGCGGGCUAGAUGUGGGCAACAACGGUAAGUGGGAGGCAAAUCAGCUAAGUAAGUCGUUGCACGAUAUCAUUUCGAGAUGCAGUGAGGAUUCCAGUACAGGAUAUCAGUAG